AUGACUUCUCUUGGUGGAAGAGUAGAUCGAUCUAUUCCAAAGGGUAAGGGACCUAAUAUGUUUCGAUUACAUGGUGUAAACUACCAUUUGAUAGGAAGUCUUACGCCUGAACCUGGUGAUUAUGCUAAGUAUUUCCAACUUUAUAUUGUUGAUACGGAAAACGAAGUCAAUAAUAGAGCAACUGUAAUAAGCAAGGGUAAAAACAAUUCGAAGGAUGGAGGAAAAAGCAAAAUCAAUAAAGAAAUCAUUGAGGCCUUGAUGAAGAUGUUAGAUGAUGUGAAUCCCUAUGUUACUCAUUUCCGGGCAGCUAGAGAUAGGAUUGCAAGUAAGAGUGAAGAGCCAUUUCACAUGCGGAUAAUCAGUGAUAGAGUUGGAAUGGAUGGACGUACUUUAAGCGCACCCGUAGCAUCAGAAAUUGCAGCUAUAAUACCAGGUGACUUUCGUAAGGAAAUGCCACAACGUGAUAUAAUUAUUGAGGACAAGAAUAGUGGUCUUCUUAACCGUAUUAGCGAAAUCCACCCUUCCUAUUUAGCACUACAGUACCCUCUAAUUCUGUGUUAUGGUGAAGAUGGUUGGAGGCCUGGGAUAGAGAAAGCUUUUACGGGAAUUAACAACAAGAACAAGAAAAAGUGUAUCAGUAUGAGACAGUGGUUUGCUUUGCGUAUUCAAGAGAGGGAAAAUGAAUGUGAUACUCUUUUACGGUCAAAGAGAUUAUUUCAACAGUUUUUAGUGGAUUCCUUCUCGGCAGUUGAAUCACACAGGUUAUCUUACAUUAAGUUCAAUCAGUCUAAACUGCGUUGUGAGAAUUACAACUCAAUUAAGAAAGCAGCUGAAGGUGGAACUACAUCAAUGAAUGAACAAGGUAAACAAGUCAAUAUUCCAUCUUCUUUCACAGGAGGACCUCGCUAUAUGGUGCAACAAUAUUAUGAUGCUAUGGCGAUUUGUAAGCAUUAUGGCUUCCCGGAUUUGUUCAUAACAUUUACAUGUAACCUUAAGUGGCCGGAGAUAACAAGGUAUGUAAAAAAGAGAGGCUUAACUGCGGAGGAUAGACCAGACAUAAUAGCGAGGAUUUUCAAGAUAAAGCUAGAGUCACUAAUGAAUGAUCUCACAGUAAAGCAUAUGCUUGGGAAAACAGUAGCAGCUAUGUACACAAUUGAGUUCCAGAAAAGAGGUCUCCCACAUGCUCACAUUAUUCUGUUUAUGGAAGCCAAAAGUAAACUACCAACAGCUGAUGACAUUGACAAAAUUAUAUGUGCUGAGAUUCCAGAUAAAGACCAAAAUCCGGAACUUUAUGAAAUUAUCAAGGAUACCAUGAUACACGGACCGUGUGGUGCAGCUAAUACCAAUUAUCCAUGCAUGGUGGAUGGUAAGUGUUCUAAAUGCUUUCCAAAACCAUUUGAAAACAUUACUAAAGUCAAUAGCGACGGUUAUCCCGUCUACAUGAGACGUGAUGAUACACGUUAUGUUGAGAAAAAUGGUAUUAGGUGUGACAAUAGGUAUGUUGUACCUUAUAAUGAGAAGUUGUCUAUGCGUUAUCAAGCUCAUAUUAAUGUGGAAUGGUGCAAUCAAAAUGGUUCUAUAAAGUAUUUGUUCAAGUAUGUGAACAAAGGACCGGAUCGUGUUGCUGUAGUAGUUGAGCCAUCAAACAAGGAUCAAUCUUCAACUAGUGAUGGCUCAAAUUCAAACAAAAAGAAAAAGAAUGAAAUCAAAGAUUUCUUCGAUUGCAGAUAUGUUUCAGCCUCUGAAGCUAUAUGGAGAAUUUUUAAAUUUCCUAUUCAGUAUCGAACAACACCAGUUCAGAGACUAUCAUUUCAUCUAGAAGGUGAGCAACCAUGUUAUUUUGACUCAGAUGAUGAUAUAGAAGAUGUUCUAGAGCGGACCCUUAAUGAAGAUACUCAGUUUAUGGCUUGGUUGUCUUUAAAUAGGAGAAAUGCAGUUGGUAAAAACAACACUUUCGCUAGAAACCUCAAAUAUGCAGAGAUACCUGCUUAUUUUACUUGGGAAGGGAAAAACAAACAGUUUAAAAAGAGGGUUAGAGGUUUUGCAUUAGGAAGGAUCAAUUAUGUACCCAGGAAGUUAGAAGCUUUAUAUUUCUUGAGAGUCCUAUUAAACAUUGUUAGAGGUCCAACAUGUUUUGAUGAUAUUAAAACAUAUCAAGGAGUCGUUUAUAAAACAUUCAAAGAGGCAUGCUAUGCUCGCGGUAUUCUAGACGAUGACCAAAUAUAUAUUGAUAGUUUGGUGGAUGCAAGUUUUUGGGGUUUUGGAUAUUAUUUGCGUGAUUUCUUCUGUAUGAUGCUUCUUGAUAGUGCUCUAUCAAGACCAGAAUAUGUGUGGGAACAGACUUGGCAUCUACUUUCAGAAGAUAUUGAGAGCAAUAAACGAGAAGAGUAUAAUAAUCCAGACCUAAAUUUAAAUGAUGCUGAUAAGAGGAAUUAUACUUUGCAAGAAAUUGAGAAGCUAAUGUUGGGAAAUGGUAGAUCGCUUGCUGAAAUAGAUAACUUCCCGCAGCCAUCUAGAGAAGUGAUUGAUAACUCCAACCGUUUAAUUGUUGAUGAGAUGAAUUACAACCGACAAUUUGAGCAAGAAAAACACGAUAACUGGAUACAACAGCUAACAACUGAGCAAAGAGCUAUAUAUGAUGAGAUAACUAGGGCAGUGUUUAAUAAUCUCGGUGGUGUUUUCUUUGUCUACGGUUUUGGGGGAACUGGAAAAACGUUCAUAUGGAAGACGCUAUCUGCUGCAGUUAGAUCAAGAGGAAAGAUUGUGCUUAAUGUUGCAUCAAGUGGAAUUGCUUCGUUGUUAUUAGAUGGUGGUAGGACUGCACAUUCAAGGUUUGCAAUUCCCUUGAAUCCUGAUGAGUAUAGCAUGUGUAAUAUCAACCCUAAUUCUGAUCUAGCUGAUUUAAUUAGAGAAGCAUCUUUGAUUAUCUGGGAUGAAGCACCAAUGAUGAGUAAGUAUUGUUUUGAGUCUAUGGAUAAAAGCUUCUGUGAUAUUAUUGGGAACAUCCACAACAAGGUUUUUGGAGGAAAAAGUUGUAGUUUUUGGAGGAGAUUUUAG